GUUUUAUAAAUAGUCCUCAGGUGUAGUCAGCUCAGCCUAUAACCAGCCCCUUUAUUUUUAAUUCUCUGCGCGUUGAGAAUUGUACGGUUCCACGCAGGCGGGUUUUUGAGGACAGCGCCCUUUACAGUCGAGGCUUGCGUAGGAGCAUGUCAUAUAUAGGUUUAAUUUAAAUAGUUCGUGAUUCCAGCAGAAGACAAACUUUAUUCUCCCCAGAUAAAGUCCUUUGUUGAAAUCAGCGGGAGAACCUUGGACUUCUGCUCUCAGAAGGAAUUGCCUCCUGCACCCCAGCUUUUUUUCUGCGGGUGUUGAAACUUCUCAGUGCUUCACGUAGACUGAACAAAGUAAAUCUCUCGACGUUGCUCUGUCGUCUCCAGAUUUGCUUUCUGCUUCUACAUGUGUGUGGAGAAAAAUGGUUCCCAAGCUUUUCCCCCACCUCAGGGAGCGCCGUCUUGGGAAUCAGCUGGGAACCAGGACACGCAGCGCACUCAGCUCAGUAAAAUUCACUCCUUGGUCCCUUCCGAGCUGUUUUUUUUCCUGCUCUGCCCUUUGUUUUGUGUUUAUUUUCCCAAGAGAAGGCGAUGAUGAUUUAUUCCGCUGACUUUUUUCCCCCCUGGGGAUGUUCACAGACAUGCUGCGCUGCUGCAGAACUGACGAAUACAACCUCUGCUCGUUGGUACCAAGUUAUUAAUACCCGGGUUUCUCAUCUAGUGGGUUUUUUAGAUAAUAUUUAGUUUCAAAAUUAGAUGCUGAACUCUUAAUUACCACGUUCUUAAGUUGUACUGAAAGCUUGAGGUCUUUGCUUUGAAAGCUUGAGGUCUUUGUGUAACCCAGACUUCUUUGUUCCUUGAAAAAAUAUGAUAAUCGUGGUAAUACCUGCAUGAACAUUACAUGCCCUACGUCUCAGCAAGCUGGAUGCCAACGUAUAUGCACAUAACAAAAGCGGGGAGCUUUAUCCUAUAGAAUCUGGAGGUACAAAGAGGUGGGACUCUCUUUGGCUGAAAAACGCUGCGUUUCGGGCCAAGCAGCCUCUGUUUUCCUCGAGGGUUUUGUGCUGGGGCCAGGCUAUUUUUGCUUCCUGAAUUAAGGUACCCAAGGUUUUGUCAAAGACGACUUAAAAAUCGAAGGAGAGGAGCUCGCUUUUGAUCCAAUGUCUGCGUGCGGUCGAAAGCGUGAGGGCUGUUGCUAUUUUUGGCGUUGCUGGGUGAGAAUCCGAGCGACCUGCCCGGAGAAAAGCUUCCCUGCGCUGACUUGGCUUUCUCUUCUCGCUUUUCUCCGGCGAUGAGCGUGUCCGGAGGCAGGCGUCGAGCUGGGAUGAUGCCUGUGACAUCCGGGGGCUCGGUGUCACUUGACGUCACUCGAAACGAUCACGUGCGCUCAGAAGUUUGUUUGCAAGAGGUUAUGGCACCUGGAAUACUGGGGCCACCAACACUCAAGGUACAUACGCGACGAAUGCAACGAGUUGGCAAGGCUAUGAAGGCUACGACUAUUACAACACCCAAACCACUGCCGCUAAUACAGCGGCCACGUACAACUACGCCGCAGCCGCUGCCACCUCCAGCAGCUGGGAAACACCCAAAACUUCAGAUAUGAGCAUGAACGCCGACGUCAACGCCGCCAUGCCCGUCGCCUCGUACGGUGCUGAGACUUCAGCGAACGAGAAUUCGGAUUCCAUCAUAGCCAAAAUCAACCAGCGUUUGGAUAUGCUGUCGAAGGAGGGCAGCGGCGGAACAGGGGAAGGGAUGGAAGACCAGGAGAGCUCUUUCAGAUUUGAGUCUUUUGAAUCGUACGACUCGAGGUCUUCAAUGAACGACCGUGACAUGUACCGAUCCGGCUACGAUUAUGGAGAAGUCGGAACCGAUCGGAAUGAUUCCUUCGGGAGCCAGUUCGACAACCGUAGGGAUCAAUCUCGCAACCGAGGAAACAACUACGGCCUCAUCCGAGGACGGGGUCAAAACCGCGUUCAAAAUCGAGGGCGUCUAAAUGCUUUCAACCGCACCGACCACUUCAUGCCCUCCUCCAGCUCCGAGCGCCUCUCGGCUCGUUGGAAUGAGUUGAACUACAUGGGUGGGCGUGGGAUGGGGGGUGCCGGAUCCAACAGGCUCCCUUCCCUCUUUUCCCAAGCCCUCGUUCCUGAUUACGGCGACUACGGAGACUAUGGAGAUUACGGCGACUACGGCGACUAUGGGGAUUACGGUGAUUAUGGCGACUACGGAGAUUACGGUGACUACGGAGACUAUGACUAUGGCAUGAUGGGGAUGUCGGGCAUGGGAAUGGGACGGUAUGGGAAUAUGCCGUACGGAAUGGGGAGGCAACGAAACAGAGACAGGAUGGGUACAGUGCCCUGGCACAUGAAUGCGCUCAUGCCCAAGAGAAGAGGUUUCCGAAACCGUUCAGGAGGGCGAUCGGAUGGCGAGGGAGGAGGACGCAAACGAAAACAGUCACAAAGCGGAGAUGAGCCGGACAGCAAACAGGCAAAGACCGACAGCGAAGGAGACGACACCGAGAACGCAGAUGAGGCCGAAGGAGAGGAAAAAUCAGGAGAUGAAGCUGACAAAGCAUCUGGAGAUGGCUGUGAAGAUGAUGACGAGGAAGUGAAAAAGAAGAGGGAGAAGCAGCGGAGAAGAGAUCGGAUGCGUGAUCGUGCUAUGGACAGAAUCCAGUUUGCCUGUUCCGUCUGCAAGUUCCGCAGUUUUGAGGAAGAGGAGAUCCAGAAACACCUCCAGAGCAAGUUUCACAAAGAGACCUUGCGAUACAUCGGUACCAAACUCCCGGAUAAAACGGUCGAGUUUCUGCAGGAGUACAUCGUUAACAGGAAUAAGAAAAUCGAGAAGCGGCGCCAGGAGCUGACCGAGAAAGAGGGCACAAAACAGAAGCCGGAUCCUUUUAAGGGUAUUGGCCAGGAACACUUCUUCAAGAAGAUCGAGGCGGCUCACUGCAUGGCAUGCGACAUGUUAAUUCCUGCCCAGAACCACCUUCUCCAGAGGCACCUGCGAUCUGCCGAUCACAACAGAAACCGCAGGAUGGCUGCAGAGCAAUUCAAAAAGACCAGCUUACACGUCGCCAAGAGCGUCCUGAAUAACAAACACAUCGUAAAGAUGCUGGAAAAAUACCUCAAGGGAGAAGAUCCCUUUACGGAUGAAAUCGGGGAUCAGGACGUGGAUGAAGCUUUGGAAGGCGGAGACGGCGCCGGGGAAGGAGCGACCGAAACCGCCGCAGUCGAGGUUGCCCAGGAAGGAGGAGGAGGAGGAGGAAUCGGGGAAGUUACGGAAGCGGCAGAACCUUCCGAAGAGUUUUCCAAACCUGAGGAAUUCCUUAAAAAUCUAGGGGAGCAAGAUCAGCCCCCCAAACCACUGCUGAUGCCCCCGUUCCUGCAAGACGACGAGCUGGAAGCGGAGGAGAUGACAUCAGAGGUGACGUCAGAGGUGACGUCGGAAGCGACGGCCGCGGCGACUUCGGAAGCGGCGCCGCCGCCUUCGGAAGCAGCGGAAGAGGUGCCCGCGGUUCCCGAAAAUCCCCAAGAAUCGGUGGUUUCCCCCCAAAAUGAAACUGAGGGUUGGGCAGGCAAAGAGGAGGAAGAGGAGGAAAACGGGAGCGAGGCGGCGGCUGCGGCCGGCUGCAGCGAGGAAGAGGAGGAGGAGGAGGAGGAGGAAGAGGCUCCACCAGCGGCUUCGGAGCCGCAACCGGAAUAACUGUGAAUAUUUGCGUGAAGGUGAUGGUAUAAUCCGUGAUUUUUUUUUUUUUUGUUUGAUUUCUUGUUCUUUUUCAGCGCAGCGCCCGAAGUUGUCCAAUUUUGAUUUUAAUUAAGGGGAGGGAACCCGGCUGCGUCGUUAAGGAGCAGCUGCAGCGCUUCAUUCAUCUCGUUAAGAUUAAUUUCGCUUCGUUUCUGCAAAUUCCUUUUUUGUUUUAGGACGAAGAGCGCAGGAAGCCGUACCUUCCCUGAGAAACCCUCCGGCUGCGGCUCCGCUUGGGGUUUUUUUUGUUUUGUUUGGGGUUUUUUGUUUUUUGUUUUUUUUUGGCGGGGGGUGGGGGGUGGAAUUUUAGAAAGAAAAAGGUGAAAAAAAGGAAAAAAAAAAAACAAA